AUGAAGGUCUACGAGUUACUGAAGAAACGCCUAGAAACUGGACUCAUCGAGAUGUCUGACUCUGCUUGGGCUUCGCUUAUCGUGAUCGUCCUGAUGAAAAAUGGAGUUGACAUUCGCAUGUGUAUUGACUAUCGCCUGGUGAACAGUUUCAUUGAGCUGUUGAAUUAUCCGCUGCCGCUGAUGGACGACCUCCUGGUGGGCUUCGAGCAAGCCAUGUCGUUCAUGCCAUUAGACAUGGCUAGUGGAUUUUGGGCCAUACGUAUGACCGAGCGAGCGAAGCGGAUCUCCGCGUUCUUGUGUCCAUUCGGCCAUUUCCAAUGGAUUCGAAUGCCAUUUGGUCUCAUGAACGCCCCGUUGAUAUAUCAAGAGAUGAACAACAAUUGUCUCUGGGGAUUCGUCAGGUUACCGCCAGAGGAAGAGAAGACUGUGGAUGCGGACGUUCUGAAGUUCCUAGGUUUAAAUUCAGCAGACGAAGAAGAAGUCCAGCGUGAGAAGUCCGCCCGGGAGGUGCCUAUCCUGACAGAUAAUAUGACGGCUUUCAAGCGGAAUAUCCCAGCAUCAUCGCAGAUGGGACCCGUCCUCGGACGGAGCUCGUAUAUCGACGACAUCGCCCAUGGGGCGCCCACCUGGGACCAGUUGUGCGAGGAUUUGAACGCUCUGCUAUAUCGACUACGCUAUUGGAAUAUUUCCGUCAGCCUCCCCAAGAGUGAAUCCGGCAAGCUCACCAUUCCUGCCGAGGGUAUUAGGACUAUACCCAAGAUCGCGAAGUCCGUUCAAGAGUUACCGUUCCCGACAACGCUCAAAGGAGUUCAGUCCUUCUUGGGAAGCCGAAACUACUACCACAAGUUCAUCGAGGAUUUCUCGGUAGUGGCGGCGGGACUUCAUGAAUUGACUGAUGAGCAGAUCAAGGCUGGAAGAGAUUUGUCCAGCGCCAAAGAAUCGUUCGAGAUUCUUAAGCGAAAAAUCGUGUCUACGCCUCUGUUGCGUCACCCCGACCGGUACAAGCUGUUCGUGAUCAUUCCACAUGCGAAUCGCUGGGCGGUCUGCGCCGGCCUAGGACAAGAGUAUGAUGGGAAGAUCUUACCCGUACGAUUCCCCGGACGGGUGCUGAAUGAAACCGAGAUUAGGUAUCACGAGGCAGAGAAGGAGGUGAUCGCGAUCAUGCGCCUAUUGGAUGUAUUCGAGAAUCUCGUCAGGGGAUGCCCGAUCAAGGUCUACACGCGGUAUUCCGUCCUGUCUUGGUUGUUGAAGUCUAAGAGCGCCAACGGACGUUGCGUUAGAUGGGGAGUGAUCUUGUCCCAUUGGGACUUGGAAGUCCACAAGGUUCAGAGCGACGAGGAUGGGUUGGUUGCUAUUAUGAGAGCAGGCAUCACCCCACGUGAGCACUUGGAUGAAGUAGGUGAAUCCCUGAUACCGCUCAAGGGGCAAAUGAAGCCCCAACCGGGUAUCAGUGUGGGGAUGUUGGAAGCAGACUUUGAUGGUUACGUGUUGAGUUUUGAUGGCGCCGCUAAGACGGCUACGCGUCAGGGUAGCUGUGGAUGUAUCAUCUGGAAACUCCCCGUGACGGCUCAAGGUUUCAUACUCGAAGAAGUCACUGUCAACGACGCAGAGUACCAUGGUCUGCUCAAAAGUCUGACCAUGGUAGCCGAGCGGGACAUCCCAGAUGUGGUUGUUGUCGGAGACACACGUAUCGUGAUACAGCAAGUGCAAAUGCUGAUUAACUGUAACCAGCCCAAUUUGCAGCGGAGACUAGCAGAGUAUGGUGUCCUACGAGAAAAGUUCAAGUCGGUCCGGCUGGUACAUGUCAAGAGAGAAUACAACCAGGCGGCCGACUAUCUCACCUAG